GGUGCGUGCUAAGAGACAGUGGUCAGAGUGCGUGCGUGCGUGCGUGUGUAGUAUUUGUAAGAUAAAAGCAAGAUCGUUGGAAUUAUUGUUACAGCUCUUACGAAGAACAACUUGUAAACUGUACUAAAACGAAUGUAUUGAUUGCCCCGGAGAAGACACGUGAUGAGGGCGGACACGCGGCUGUUUCCCUGGUGGCUGUGUGCGUGUCUGUGUGCAUUGAGGGGCGUCGCGUGUGCUUCUGAACCCUUUCAUGUGUACUGGAACGUGCCCUCGUUUUUGUGUGGCAAGUACGGCACGUAUAUCAAUGUUUCUCAGUUUGGCAUCGUGCAGAACGCCGGGGACGCCUUCCAUGGAGAAAAGGUAACCAUCCUUUACGACCCUGGAGCCUUCCCCAUGUUUGAUAAAGAAGGACAGGCGUUGCGUGGCGGCAUUCCCCAGAACGGCAGCCUCGCCACUCACAUACAGCGCUUCAUCAACACCCUCAAUACUAUCGUCCCUCUAGACUUCAAAGGCGCCGGGGUUCUGGACUUCGAAAAGUAUUACCCAAGCUACACUGAAAGCCCAGCCGAGUACCGCGUGGCCUCGAGAGCUUGGGUAAAGGAGAAGCACCCUGACUGGAGCCCCGAGAAGGUGGAGAUACAUGCCUGGGAGUCCUUCAAUUCCUCCGCCAGGGACUUCUUUCAGUCUCUCCUGUGGGUGGCGCGUGAGCUGCGUCCUGGCGGUCUCUGGGGCUACUACCACUAUCCCUACUGCAACGACUGGAAGGCCUUCUCCACCACCUGCAAUCCACAGAUAAAGAAGAUGAACGAGAAACUUUCAUGGAUGUUCAAAAGCAGCGUAGCGUUGUACCCGAGCAUGUACGUCAGGUAUUAUUCAGGGUACUCUCCAAGGGCACGCCGCCAGCACGCGCGUCUCAGCCUGCUGGAGGGAUUAGCGGCGCGGCGGCGUGACAACCCUACUGCUCCCGUGAUACCCUACAUGUGGUACAGGUACCACGACACUCCUGACCUCCUCUACCCCGUGGACAUUGUGAACACCCUCGGCAUGACACGGCUGUUGGGGGGCCAGGGGGUGGUGGUCUGGGGGGGCGGUAAAGAUUUGGCCACGAAGGAGAAAUGUCAGGAAUUGAAGGCGUACGCAGAGGGUCAACUCGGUCCCCUGGUGCGGUACUUGGCUCACCUCCCCCGCACUAAGCUAAGGCGCCUGCUGGCCUCCCGUGCCCGCCUCAAGAGGGGGGUGCGGGCUGCCCUUCGUGAGGUGAAGACACGGGCGGUAGAUGGCGCUGGUGCAUGGUGCAGUAAUAGAGUGGGAGGGUGUACUUAGAGAGAGAGAGAGAGAGAGAGAGAGAGAGAGAGAGUGUGUGUGUGUGUGUGUGUGUUUUAUUGACGUAUUGAUGGAGAAAGGGUGAAGUGUAAUGGUUAUGAUUGAGAUGGAUUAUCUACCAUUACUACUACCAUUACUACUACUACUAUUACCACUACUACUAUACUAUCACUACUACUAUUACCACUACUACUAUACUAUCACUACUACUAUUACCACUACUACUACUGCUUUCGGUGUCUCCAGCAUACGAUCGUGAAAGUUCCCAGCCAGAACCAGAGCAUUACACAUACUUCUGUACACACACUGAACAAAACGAUGCCAGUAACCACAAAUAUACAAGUGUGAUGAAUA